UACGCAGUAUCCGCCUCUUGAAACCUCCACCUCGGUUCCUGAAAUUUGACUAACAAGUCACUACCUGCUUUUUCCUGUAGCCCUCAGUUACGUGAUUCCCCUGGACAAACACUCCCAAGAAUGCCGUGCGACAGAGAGGGAGAGAGAGUUCUUGGAUCUUUGUGGGAGCAACAUGACAUCUAAAAACAGGCUCGGUGGCAUUCCCUGUUUGCAAUCACCGCAGAAAUGAGAACAGAGCUACCCGCAACGCCCUGACAGGUGGCCACCUUGAUGAGAAGGUGUGGGAGUGUCAUGACGCUUGUGUUGCUGCCUGUUUGAAAGCAGCUCAGUAAUCCUGGAUCAGAGAGGACAAAGGGCCCCCCGAGUGCUGGUGAUGUAAGCACUGUGUCCAGUGCUUACCCCGCUGCUCUCCCCUCUCCCACAUGCUGCCUAGUGGGGGGUGAGGUGGGACAGGGAGGAACAUCCCUGUCGUCGGCUGACCCUGAAGACUACAGACUGACACGCGAGCGGUGAUGCUGGCAGGCUAACGGCAGCCUGCCUGCUCUGUCUCAGGGGCCUGCUGCUUAUGACCCGGGACACAGUGGGAAGGAGAAAAUGUUGACCAGAUCGCUGUAGAGGAAUGUGGCUAAGCUGUGGGGAGUGGCGGAUCAGCUCAGUGUGACCAGGAGAACAGACUGAGGGACUUUUGCUGCCUUGUUGCUACACCUAUUCGUGGAAGGCCACGUUGCGAUAAGGUCUCCAUGGACUUGCUGCAGGACUCCAGUCACACUAUGUGGGGUCUAAAUGCCCGCUUGAAGGGCUUCCUGGAGCAGGUGAACAGGCUGCAGGAGGCCAACCAGCAUCUGGAGGCUCAGAUAGCCGACUGGGGCGCCAGGAGCGCCUCACGCUCCCGGGACUGGUCCCAGCAGGAACAGACCGUCAAGGAGUUGCGUGUCCAGGUUGGUAACCUUCUGAUGGAGAAUGCCCAGCUGGCAUUACAGUCUGACAGCAUGAAAUCCAGAGCUGCUGCCGUCCAGGCCAGGUGUGAGACGGAGGAGAGGAACACCAGGCGUCUGGAGCAACAGGUGGCUCUGCUCCGGGAGUCAAAGAGGAACGCAGACCAGAGCAGCGUGACGCUGCAGGCAGGCCUUCGCCACUCCAUGACAGAUCUGCAGCAGAUGCACCAGGAGUUUCAGGCAGCCCGGGCUUUGCAGCUGCAGCGUGCCGGCUCCUGUGAUGCUCUGUUAGCGACGGCCGCAGCAGCAGCAGCAGCAGCAGGAGGGGAGGAGGAGGAGGAUGGCACAGGGAUGGAGCUCACCCAGCUCCUCGACCGAAUCAGAGCGCAGUGCGACCAGGGCAGACUCCCCGGCCUGGGAGAGAGACACCUCGGCCUGGGUGCCGUGGCACAUCCACUCCCCGGCUCGGCCGGACCCAGCCGCUCUGGAGCAGCAGCAGCAUCCAGAUCACACGGAGGAGUUCUCAGUGAGGAAGAGGCAGCGUGGACGCAGGUGAGCCUGGGCAGCGCCGCCCUGAGGGAGGCUCGAGCCGAGCUGGCCGAGGCCCGGAGGCAGUGGCACUCCCUGCAGGUGGAGAUUGAGACUCUACAUGCCUUGGAGAAAGGCCUGGAGAGCUCCCUGCAGAACACCCAGCGGCUGUACUCCAGCCAGCUGCAGGACCUUUCCCAGGUGAUCGCCGGGCUGGAGGGCGAGCUGGUGCAGGUGAGGAGCGGUCUGGCAACCCAGCGCCAGCGCCACAGCCAGCUCCUCAACACCAAGAUGAGGCUGGAGCGGGAGAUCGCCACUUACCGACGUCUGCUGGAGCGGGAGGAGGGCAGGUACAUGGGCCGUACUAGACAGCAAACGAGUCUGCGGUCCUGGAGGUCUUUCAUGGAGGAGCCGAAGGAGAACGGGCUAGAGAACGGCUUCAGUGACCCUGCUGUUACUCCGGACGAACCCAAGUCUGAGCCCCUGCCUGAAAUACCUUCUCUCCUUCCAGCAGGCAGUGGGCUAAAGAAAAGCAUACUGCAUAGACAGCAGAGCCUUGUGAUACUCACAGAGCCGGAGCGUGAGAAAUACUUGCCAAUCUCCACUGUGAAGACUCAGGAGAUUCUUCAGGGCAAUGUGGUGCGGGAGAGUGCAGAGGGUCAUGGCACCAUCGAGACGGAGAACUUUGACAAGGUGGUGAAGCAGUGGGAGGGCUCCUUCUUCAGAGGGAAUCCCAAGCUGCGGAAGAAGUCGGUGUCGCUGCGCUUCGACCUGCACAUGGCUGCAGCAGACGAGGGCUGCGGCCAGACCAAACAGGACAGCCUCCCCGACGUGGAGGUGUGUCUGAUCAUGAAGAGGUCGCGCAGCAUCCCGACCAUCACACAGUAACUCUCACUGCUUUAACGCUGCUCUGGGGUUAACACUGGUGAUUGUCGACGUUACAGAAACAUCAGCUGUGCCACUGACAUCCGGGGUAUUACCAUCCAUUGCCAUUGAUGCGCUUUAAUGUGCGUUUUCAAAUCACAGCAUUCAUUGAACUUUUGCAUUUUUUGAAACAUUGCAACUGACGACUUUGAUGAGAUUUCUCUCAUCAAAUCUCAACUUCUGGCAGGAUAAGCAUUUCCCAUCAGGCUAUUGUGCUGAUAUAAGGGGGCCAUUUUUUUUUAUAGUGUCAGAAAACCACAUUAAUAUAUAUCAGAGCUACAUUCAUUACCUUACA